AUGGCGACCGACCUUCCAACCCAGAUUCUGCACGCCCUAGACACUGCAUCCGCCCUCCCGCUAGUGUCAUCAACGGCAUUCCCGAAUGUCGAGGCGACGGUAGUUAAGGGAGCUCUGGACUCGCUGCAGAGCAAGGAGAUGGUGGUGUACGAGACGGUAGACCGCGAGGUAGCUGUCUUGACAGAAGAGGGACAAAGCAUUGUGAACGAUGGGAGUCACGAGGCAAAGGUUUACGAGGCGGUCUGCAAGGCCGUGGGCGGCUUGAAGAUCAGUGAAUUGCCUAAACUCGUUGGCGCGAAUACGGCAAAGGUCGGACAAGGAAAGGCGUUCAAGGAAGGGUGGAUCAAGAAAGAUGGCGACAAGUUGGUCAAGAAGGCUACUUCGAUCAAGGAUUCAAGCCGGGAUCAGCUUCGUACCAUCGCAGAAACACAUACUCACCCCGAAAAAGAAGUCCUCGCAGACCUCAAGAAGAGAAAAUUGGUGAUCAUGCAGAAGCGCAUCAGCUUCAAGAUCAACAAGGGCGCUAAGUUCGCUUUACAAGUUGUCAAGGAAGAAACCGAUCUGACAGCGGAGAUGAUCGCAAGCGGAGCAUGGAAGACACAGAAGUUUAAGCCUUACAACUUUGCAGCGCUGGGAGCCCAUACUCCUAGCGGAGCCUUACAUCCUUUGAAUAAGGUCCGUUCGGAGUUCAGGAACAUCUUCUUCGAGAUGGGUUUCACGGAAAUGCCUACCAACCGUUUCGUUGAAUCUGGCUUCUGGAACUUCGAUACCCUUUUCGUUCCUCAACAGCACCCCGCCCGUGAUCUCCAGGACACCUUCUACAUCUCCGACCCCGCCGUCGCCGACAAGCCUCGCGACGACGAGACCGGCGAGACCCUCACCGAGUACUGGAACAACGUGCGUGAAGUCCACCAGGAAGGCAAAUUCGGCUCUCUCGGCUACCGCUACCCAUGGAAGGAAGAUGAAUCCCUCCGCCUCGUCCUCCGCACUCACACCACCGCCAUUUCCGCGGCAAUGCUCCACAAGCUUGCGAAGAACCCCGGCCCCGCAAGAUACUUCUCCAUCGACAGAGUGUUCAGAAACGAGACUGUUGAUGCAACACAUUUGGCCGAGUUCCACCAGGUCGAGGGUGUCAUUGCGGACUACAACCUCACGCUGGGUGACCUGAUCGGGUUCAUGCGCACCUUCUUCGGGAAGAUGGGAGUACACCAGCUUCGUUUCAAACCUGCCUACAACCCAUACACCGAGCCCUCAAUGGAGAUCUUCGGAUACCACGAGGGUCUGGGCAAGUGGGUCGAGAUUGGAAACUCUGGCCAGUUCCGUCCGGAGAUGUUGGAGGCUAUGGGGCUGCCUAAGGACAUGAGAGUGCAUGGAUGGGGGUUGAGUUUGGAGAGGCCGACCAUGAUUAGAUACAAGGUCAGCAACAUUAGAGAAUUGCUGGGGCACAAGGUCGAUUUGGGAUUCGUGGAGGCGAAUGCGGCCGUUAGACUUGACAGGGAGUAA